AUGACUUUUAAAAUGGCGAGUUAUUUUAUUUUGAUAGUGAUUGAUUUAAAUACAAUUUUCUCUGCAAUACUUAUCGACAAUUAUGUGAAAUCUAAUAAAAUAGCGUGUAUUGUUCUAUAUUUGUUCUGGAUUUGUCAUAAUGUUUGCCAAUUUUUGGUCAUUAAUUACGUGUGCGAAACAGUCAGUACCAAGGCAAAUGCAACAGCAGAUUUAUUAAAUAGAUUAUCAUAUUCUAUUUUUGACAUUAAAGUCCGUGAAAUCUUUUCACAAUUUUCAUUACGAACGACAUAUGCACCACUUAGAUUUUAUGGAAUUGGAUUCUUCGAAUUUGGCUUCAAAUUUCUUCAUAGGUUUAUCAUGUCUGUUGCGACUGUUUUAGUUAUUGUUAUACAAGCGCAAACAAGUAAAUAA